AUGAAGUGGAGGGGGUGCUUUGUAGCCUACGCUAUUCUACAGGCUAUGGCGUUCUUGUUGGUGCUGGUGGCUACGCCGAUUGACAUGUAUCGGUUUAGACGGCGGUAUGUCACCCCCAACACCACUGUCACAACGUUAUGGGGCGUCAAGAAGGGUUCACUCAACACCACCAACGUCAUACCGACAUACAUCUUGUGGAGACGAUGUCCGGCUCGCCUGAACCGCUUUCUUCUUGCUCAGGCGUGCGCUGUGAUUUCUAUCCUCAUCUAUGCCGCGGCUGCCGUCUUGGGCUUCAUCAUGCUGUACUGCUGCCAUUGGCUCCGCGUGGUCUGCGUGGCGCUCAACAGUGUUGGCGCUCUCACCGUGUGCAUUGUCUGGGCGGCCGUAGCGGUGACAUACAACACAUAUGAAGGACCUGACUGUUGGCAGGAGGGCGUUUUUUCCACCUACGGUGCCGGUUUUGUUCUCUUACUCCUGGCGUGGGUUCUCGAUCUCCUCAACAUUGUCUUCCUGGUGCUCCCCCUCACCAUUGCAGCGGGGCCUGAGGAUGAACAGAGAGAAGAGGAAUGCAAGGAAUAUGUGGGAGUGUACUCAGGGGAGUUGUUGAACGAAAGCUUGAGGGGAAGCUCGAACAGUGUCUACAAGCAAAACACUCUUCCCGAGGAUUAG